AGUUGCUUCUCAUAUCAAUAAAGAAUUUCAACAAUAUUAACAACAAUGUCGAUCGAAGAACAGGCAUGUAGCUACGCUAUUAUGGCACUUCAUGACGACGGAAUCCCUAUCACUGCUGAGAAGAUUGCGACCUUAGUGAAAGCCGCCAACGUGAAAGUUGAAUCUUAUUGGUUUGGCUUAUUUGCUAAGCUUGCGGAAAAACGCAACAUUGAUGACCUCAUUAUGAGUGUUGGUGUUGGUGGUGGCACUGGUGUUCCUGUCACAACUAAUAAUGUCGAUAGUACAUCGAAUGUUGUUGCUCCCGCUCUUGCUAAGGAUAAUAAGAAGGAAGAAGAAAUAAAGGAAGAGAGUGAUGAUGAAAUUUGUUUUAGUUUGUUUGAUGAUUAGGAGCUUCAUAGUGUUAUGGAGUACUUAA